UCCUCGCAUCUCUGCUCCCCAUAUGUCAAAGUCUUUGUUGCUUUUCUGCAGGAGAAAACAGCUGGAUCAGGGAGAAACAGCUGGAUCAGCAGCUGCAGCGGCCGGUGCGGGAGUCCUGCAGCCGGAGCUCAGCGUCGUGAGGCUGAUGAUGCGGCGGGAACAUGGAGGCUCCUGAAUACCUGGACCUGGACGAGAUCGACUUCUCCGACGACUCAGUGUACUCGGUCCCGUCCCUGAAGAGUUACCCAGAGUUGUCCCGGCGGGGGGAUGGUCCGGCAGAGGAGCGGGCAGCUCCGGGCAUCAACUGGAGCCGCGGCGGCGUCUCCUGCCACGGCGGCGGGGGCAUCAAACCGGCGGGGGCGCUGCCGGAGGGCAAGUUCCGCCCGGUGAAGCGGGUGUCGCCGCUCAAGCACCAGCCGGACACCUCGGACUCGGACUGCGAUGGGAAGCUGGCGGCGGCGGCGGGGGAGCCGGGGGUCGGGGGAAAGGAGGAGCUCGGCCCCGACAAGGCCGACGCCUCGGCGUCCGGCGACGGGAAGGUCCGGGGGCCGGGCGGCGGCUCGGCGGCGCCGGGAAACCCCCAGGCGCUGUUCGGGGAGCUGGAGCACUACGACCUGGACAUGGACGAGAUCCUGGACGUGCCGUACAUCAAGUCCAGCCAGCAGAUGUCCACGCUGCCCCGCAGCGACAAGCGCCCGGCUGCCGCGGCGGGCGGGGGCCUCGGCGGCGGCGGCACCCUGGAGAGGACGCGGGGCGGCGGGCUGAAGAACUCCGCCCACACCGAGACCCUGAACCAGCCGCCCUACUGCGUCCUGUCCCCGGUGAAGUGGUCGGACCUGAGGAAGUCCAAGUCCAUGGACCCGGACCUGCACCCGCUGCACCGGGCCCCGGGGGGCGGGGCCUACCAGCCGGAGCUGCUGUCCUCCGGCCUGCUCGGCUCCGCCUCCAUGUCCUCCUUCUCCGACGCAGACAAGCUUCUGUCGGCUCGCGUCUUCCCCGACUCCCAGGGCCAGCGGCCCCUGGAGGCCCCCGGGGGCCCGGGGGGCCCGGGGCUGCCCUUCCCCGGGGGCCCGGGGCUGCCCUUCCCCCUGCCGGGGAGCAGCCUGGGCAGGCAGGACUCCCUGAAGGCCCGGGCCCCCGGGCCGGGGGUCGGGGUCGGGGGACUCGGGUCCAGGGGGUUCGAGGUGGACGAGGAAACCAAGAAGAACCAGAACAUCAUCAACAUCGUCAGGGAAGGACAGAUCUCGCUGCUGCCUCACCUGGCGGCCGACAACCUGGAGCUGAUCCGGGACGAGGACGGGAACAACCUGCUGCACGUGUCGGCCUCGCAGGGCCACGCCGACUGCCUGCAGCACCUCACCUCGCUGAUGGGGGAGGACGGCCUGAACGAGCGCAACGCGCAGCAGCUAACGCCGGCCGGCCUGGGGGUCAAGAACGGACACCUGGAGUGUGUGAGGUGGAUGGUCGGUGAGACGGAGGCGAUCGCUGAGCUGAGCUGCUCCAGAGAACAUCCCAGUCUGAUCCACUACGCCGCCCGCUACGGACAGGAGAAGGUGUUACUCUGGCUGCUCCAGUUCAUGCAGGAACAGGCCAUUUCUCUGGACGAGGUCGACCAGAACGGAAACACGGCCGUGCACGUAGCAGCGCAGUACGGACACCUCACCUGUAUCCAGACCCUGGUGGAGUACGGCUCCAACGUGACGGUGCAGAACCAGCAGGGCGAGCGUUCCUCCCAGAGUGCCGAGCGGCAGGGCCACACCACCUGCGCCCGCUACCUGGUCGUCGUGGAAACCUGCAUGUCGCUAGCGUCGCAGGUGGUCAAGCUAACCAAGCAGCUCAACGAACAGGCGGCCGAGAGGAUGAUCCUACAGAAGCAGCUGCAGAGACUGGCCGAUCCCAGCAAGGCCGACGGGACGCCGUCCAGAUCCCCCAGCUCCCAUCAGCCCCAGCUGGAGGCGUGGCCAGAGAUGAUGCUGACGGCGGAGGGAACGCCCGGUGACGGCCACUGGUUGGUCCGUCAGGGAGGGGCGGGGCCCGACUCUGUGCUGCGGCAGCUGCUGGGGAAGGACCCGUCGGGGGCCCCUGGUACUCCCGGGGCCCCCGGCCCCCCCGGGGCCCCCGCCGCCCCCCCCGGGGGCCGCAGGACGGGGCUGGCGGAGCGGCGCGAGCUCAAGCUAGCCAGACUCAAGCAGAUCAUGCAGCGCUCUCUGAGCGAGUCGGAUUCGGACGGCUACCCGCCGGAGGAGGGAAACAAAAGCCAAGGGACGCCCCCGUCGUCGGGGGCGGGGGUGCCGCGCCCCGAUAGGCCGAGCCACCUGCCAAUCACGCAGGACGAAGCCGUGCCCGGCCACCUACACCUGGUGAUGAGGAAGCACCUCCCGAACCCGCCGUCCUCCACCGAGAGGAAGCUGGCUUUCUCUCUCAGCGGCUCCAAGUCGGUGGACAGUAUCGGUUACAACCCAUCCCCGACGUCCAGCGACCCCGACGACACCGCUAACGCUAACGCCGCUAAUGGCCAGAAGGUGGCGACCAGCCCCAAGAGCGCCCUGAAGUCGCCGUCGUCGCGCAGGAAGACGUCCCAGAACCUGAAGCUCAGGGUCACCUUCGACGAGCAGGUGCACAAGAGCUCCGGCUCACAGGAGACGGAGCCUAGCCGCGCCGCGGCGGCGCCGGGUAAGGAGAGGACGCCGGCGGCAGCGGCAUCGUCGGGGGGUUCCGAGGGCAAGCGCUCCUUCGGGACGUUCCGCUCCAUCAUGGAGACGCUGAGCGGAAACUCCAACCACAACAACAACAACGCUAGCAGCAGUAGCGGUGCUAGCAGCGCUAGCACCGGCGCCGCGGUCAAACCGUCCACCUGCCAAAACUCACCCGGCAGGAAGUCCGAGACUAAAGCCGGUCCUGGAGGCGGAGCCAGAGGCAAGAGCAGAACCAGCAACGUUUGAUUAAGAUUAAAGGCUGGAUUAAGGUUCUGCGUUAAACCAACGCAGAAUUUACGCCGUCACCGUGACGUCGUCGUGAACCUUCGGACUUCUCCGACAUUCCAUUUCUCCGCGGUGCAGUACCCCCCCCAGAGCACUAGGGGGGUGCGAUCUUUUCCUGAAUGGUUUAUCCAACUUUUCCGGUCACAGUAAAUCAAAGAGAGAAGAAAAUCACACAUACUCAAAGAAAAAUAGCGCUGAAAGUUCACGACUGCUUCAAACCGGAAACCUGAAAUGCGUUGCUACCAAGCGAACCAAUCACAGCCCUCUCGGUCUGUGUUGGUCUGCGACCUCUCGACACGUAGUUACAAUUUGUGGGAGGUGCGUCAGGCACGGCGUAGCGUGCGGCGUGGGCUCGGCGUCGAUUUGUUGCAGAACCAUAAUCCAGCCUAAAGAGUCGAGAGACGAAUCUGGUCCCUCGAUUGAAAACUUCUUCAAGAGACGCACCUUGAAGUGAACCGUCCCUCCGGCGAAGGUUUUGGUGAAGUUACAGUGUGGAACAAUCACUGACGUCUGCUGGAAAAACAGACUUCAAACGUGUCCAAUGUUGCCUGGAUCCUGGAUUCUGGGCACACGAUCCUGAAUCCAGCUGAUCAACCUGAGUCCCAGGAUCCAGGAUCAGCUGUCCAGGUUUUCAGGAUCCUGGAUCUUGUGAACCCCAGCAGACGGUUCCUUCGGGGCCGUCUCUUUGGACGUUUUCAUGGUUUCUGCUGAAUCUCCAUCGUUCCACACCGUUUCUUUGACUAGUUUAAACCUCUUUGAAGAACUUCUCUUAGUUUUAAACGGCCAGUUUUGCUGGUCGUCGUCAUCAUCCGUCCUCUCGACCGUCUCAUCGUCUUCACCAGAGACUGAAGGACGUGUUCGGGUUCAUGUGUCUCGAACCCGGUUCCUCCUGGUUCCGUUGGUCCAGAAACGAGUUAAAAACCAGCGUUUUUUCCCGGCAGAUUUGUUUUUCCUGCUCGUCUGUCGUUCCGUUUCUCCCUCCGGUCGACACUAAAGAACAAGUAUUUAUGUUUCUGCACACUUUAGGAUUUAAAUGUUGUUAUAAUCAAUGCACAUGCUCACGUGCGCCAGCACAACAAGUACUUUUUAAAACCACUGUUUUUAUAUAUUUUAGUAUUUAAUUUUGUUCUUGCAUUAUAUUCCUGCACAAGUUUUUUUAUUUCUACACUCAUUAUCAAUGCAGUAUUUUUUCCGGCAUGAAGUAGACGUUAGUUGUUGUGUUUUUUUGAGACGGGGAGGUUCGAUCGCACCUUCUACAGCCGCCCAAGGCAGAAGAAGAAGAAACUUCCAGAGAUUUUAUGCAGCUUUCAUGAGAUUAACAUUUACAAAAGUCGAAGCUUGAAAUAAAAGGACGAUGCUGUCA